UACAGACACUAAACCUGUCCCAGAAACCAUAUGUCAAGAGAGAAAGACACAGAGAUGGUGCAGCUAGAUGCACGAUGAUGUCAGGAUCAAGAGCAAUGGCUGUGGAACGGAUGAUCUCAACACGAAUGUCGCAGUGCAGGAGGACCGGUUCACAACUCCAGUGAAGACAAAGCGUCCAUGGAGGGUGAAGUGGAGGAAUCAGACGGGGAUGUACAGCUAGAGGACAAGCCCACUGUGCUGUGGGAGAAGUACAUUCAGCAGAGCAUCUUUGUCGACCUAAGUGAGGAUGAAAGUCUCCACCUCAGUGAUUUGGAGAAUUCUUUAGCCUUACGUCUGUCGCAGGCAGAGUCUGCUGCCUCCGAGGCAAGCAUCCAUCUCAGUGGGAGCACGGAGCUGUCAGCCUUGGACGUCACCUCGUCAGAGUCCAGUAUUGUCAUCAGCAGUCAGAGUGAGAAUGUGGUAGAGAGCAAGACCAAGAGCAGCAUAUUGCAUGUGUCCGCCCAAAGACCGACCACCGUUCAAGAUGAGCCGCCCUUAAAGCACGAGGACCCGGGGCAAGAUACUAGCGAUGAGGAUCAGGAUGACCUACCUUUCGAUGGUGACCUAGGAAGCCCCUACUUCAACCAAACAGCGAACCUUGAGGGCAAUAUGAGCUCUGAUGGAAGCGAAACGGUUUAUGCAAUUCCUGAUGUUACUGGUAUGCUUGAAUGCAAGACAAGAGAUCGAGAUCAUAUUGUUGAACGCUUGGUUUCUGCUGAGCGUUACGCCGAGAAACCAGCGACUUUGUCACAAGAUGAUGCCAACACCAAACGGGACGACCUUUUCGAUGCUCCCAAGCCGAGUGAGGUUGCCCCAUCAUGGCCUUGUCCUUCAGACAUUGACCAGAUAUUGCUGCGACACUUCUCCCAGGAGGAGCUGCUGCGGCCUUUUAGGCCGAUCGAGGCAGAGACCCUGCCAGAGGUGUCCCUAUUGGAGAGCGUGGAUGACACUGUUUUUAGCUGGGCUCCAACACACAACAGCACAACAAUUAAUAGCAACCACUCAGACAGCCCUGCUUGUAAUUCUGAGAUUAAUCAGCGUUUCUGCUGUGACAGGACUGAUGAGAGAAGUGCAUCUGAAAAAAAAUCAAGUUCAGAGGAAGAAGCAGAAAGGGAAAUUGCUCCAGUCACCUCUGCUGCUUCUGACAGCAUUGUAUCCAGCUCUGCAAGGUUACAUUCAGAACAGGGCAGUGAGGAUACAAGUGCUGUAGAGGUAGAGAAGCAGGAAAAGGCCGAAGAGGAUGAACGGGUUCAGAGAGUCCCACUUGUGCGCACCAGGUCCUUCAUUGACAUGAAGUAUGGUCAAGGCCAAGUCCAUUACCCACUCCCUGACUUCUCCAAGAUUGCCCCCAAGGUAAAAAUCCCCAAACCUCCAAAUGGACCAGCCAGACCUGUUCCUCAGAGCCCCACCACCAUGCAGAGAGCCCAGUCCUCUCCAAUGAUGUUAGAGGUGAUCAACAGAGUCCUGGAGGAUUCCGUCCAGCCUUCAGUGAAGCCCUACAUGUUCAAAAACGAGGACAAAGAGUCUGCUCCAGCACUGGUGCAUCACCUGCAGGCUGAAUAUGAUAAAUUACUCACCAAAUAUGCUGAAGCAGAGAACCUUAUAGAUCAAAUGAGAAUAGCAACCAACGCUCAACCCUCCUCAGAACCGAUGCUUUAUUUAGCGUAUGAUGAUCAUCAUCAGGGUAACUUAGCUGAGGGAAGCCAUCUUGGAUCCGUGGCUUCCCCAUCAGAAAACUUUGGCAAGAAACAAGAAACAACCCCCCAGAGCAACAAUCAGGUGAUGAACACAACAUCCAUCAGGCAGCCUGAGGAGGGUCCCAGCGAUGGUGAAAGAAUGACUGCAGAGCUGAAAGACAUCAUCAGCCAGUUCAUGCAGAAGGUGGAAGGAUUUAAAUUGAGUGUGAGCAUCAUGUCAGUGAGCACAGCAGAACAACAAAUGAUGUUGAGGAGCAUAAUGGAGGCUCAGGACCAGCUGCAAAGAGAGUACAUCAGUAAGAAGGAACAGCACAGAGCUCUGGAGAUGCAAAACUACAUGGGCCUGUCCAGGAAAACAGGCAUCUUUGACCCAAACAGGCUGGUGGAGGGAGACAUAUUCAGGAUAGGGAUGCACCUUGAGGAGAUAAAGGAGAUGACAGACAAAAAUGUGUGUGAGCAGAUUUCUCCGCCCCAUUCAUCCUCCACUCCCACAUCCAUGAAAGAGAUGCUGCUAAUGACGCCCAGUCCUCUCUGCAUGCCCACACCCUCACCUCCACCAUGCUUGCAUGAGGAGCCAAGAGCAGGUUUUUCCACUGUGGGUUAUAAGAUGGAGACACAGAAAGAGGAAGAAAAAGAGGAGAUAGUCGAGGAGGCCCGUGGAGUCCAUGGAGAUGAGGGUUUCCAGCAACGCAGUGAACGUAUAACAACUGACUCUUUGCUGAAAAAUACUGGACACAGCUGCUGGCAUUCAAGGAGCUCACUGGGCUCUCUGGAAGGACUGGAAAUCCCGACAACUGAAGCUGAAGAUGAGAGGAGCUCUGUCUCGUCAGAGGUGAUAGAUCACAGCAACAUCUUAGCGUACUUGAGCAGAGGCAGCUCAUCCGCAAGACAGAGGGAGUGGACACGCGACAGGCGUAGCACCCCUGAUAGUGUCUUGAACGCAGUGGGGGAAUGUGAUCUGGGGGAUCGUGUAAGUCUGGCUGUGGAGGUCUCGUCGUCAGCUGAUGCACCCAGAGACUCAGACAGCCACAUUCUCUUAGAGCCUCCUCUCAACACCUCAUCUGUGUCACAGAGGAUUGUGAGUCCAGAGACCGACAGUGGAUUUGGGAGCUCCUACUUGAAUCAAUCAGCCUCUGGACCGUUUCAACCAAAUCUGCUCACAGAAAGUGGGCCGUCCCAGAAUGAUGGUUUAAGUAGCUCAGACAGUGAAGGCUCCUGCUCCAACCUGCAGACAGCCAUCCAUUCAGCCUCACUCACUAGCCAGCGAUGGGCCAGUCCCUACCCGUCUGUCCGAACACAGUCCCCUGGUGCAGCAGCAGAUGUGGAGCGGUGGGUGGAGAGCACCACGAAGGAGCCUUCAGUCAGGCUGCAGGGAGCUGAACGCAGCCUGCCUGCCCGCCUUCAUCACCACAUAUCUGAACCCGUACUCAGCACUGCCAUGGAUACAGAAGAGAGAGGCAGCCCACUGUACUCCUGCUCAUGUAAUAGUGAGGCUAUUCAGGCCUUGCAGUCAGAGGUAUCCCGGCUGAAGAAGGACCUGGAGGAGGGCUUGGUCCAGCUGCCUCACCUAUCACAGAAGAUGGACUAUCUCACCUCCAAAUACAGACAGGAUCGCCAGGAGCGCAAGUCGAAAACCAGACCGCGGACCCACCACAGAUCAGACUGCAACAGUGUGUGGAAGCCAUCGAGUAGCACACAGAAUGUGAGCAAUCUCAGUUCCAGUCAGGUGAGGAUAGAGGACUGGAUCUCUUCAGAUAUGGACCCCAGCAAGAGCAAAGGUACAGACAGCGGUGACACAGCUGGCUCUGAGAUCAUGUUGCAGUUCCACCAUUCACCUGUAGAGAGCAGGAGAGGCAGUGUGCGCUCUGCACCGGAGUUUCAAUAUAAACUUCAUGAGGCGCUGCAGUCCAACAGAGGGUCAGAGGGAAAUGACUUAGUGAAAACAUCUGGUCUGACCAACUCCAUUUUAAAAGGAGGAAAGGCUUCUGACAGCCACGCUAAGCAGAGACCACAAACUGUCAUGGAGAGUUUUAACUCCAAAGAGAGAUGGUCUCUCUUCACCUCUCCAUCUCUUCAGAAGCCUCUUCUCCAGGUCAGCUACGGCUCCUCCAGCAGCCUGCCUGCAAGCUAUAAAGUGAGGGAGCCGCCUCUGCGGUCCAUGUCCCAUCACAGAAAGCGCUCCACCCAGUCAGACACGGCUCUCCUGCCCAGUAAUGUGUACUUCCAGCGGACACCGUCUCCAGCAUCAGUGCCCUCAAAGACUGGCAGCAGGACAGGCAGACGCAGAGGGAGCAAGGAGUCGGAAAUGAACAGGACUCUAGACCAGGCCAUCGAGGUGGCCCGCAGCAUGAAGAGGACCACCGACCGAAUGGCCAAGAGACUGUCAGCUGACCUGGCUGAGGCUCAUCCUCACAGGAGAGUGCACAGUGUGCAGCCACAAGGGGGCAGGAAACACCAUUAUAACAAGAAGAGUGCAGAUCAGUUUACUCUGUAG